AUGAAUCCAACACAAGUUCUAUCAGGGUGAAUUAUUGAUUUAUCAGAAGGCAGAACCUUAAAAAACUCAGCAUGCAAAGAGCUAAUAAAUGAAGCUUUUGAGCCAUUAAACAAAACUGGAUAUUUAGAAAAGCUUGACCAAUUUUAUAACACAAUUCGAAAUUUAUCAUAUAAAAACAAUGAGCCAGUUUACGACCUAAAGCUUCUUGAGCAUUUGCUCUUGAUUCUGGACUAUUGCUUUAUUGAUUCAUACAAAAUCUGAGCAAGCCAUUUUGAAGAAUUUUUGCAAAAAGGGUCGUUGUCCACUGAGUCAUAUACACCAGACUGGAAAAACAAUAUUUUGAAUAAUGACUCAGAGAAUUUUGAGAAAAUUCCAGUAAAACAAUCAAUUCUAAAGCCUGGAGAUCGAUACUUGCUAGGAAAAUCAACUCUAGUAAUCACAGAAAUAAAAGCAAAUGGCAAUCUAUGCUUAGAGUGAAAAUCUGUGCAUCAAAGCAGCUUUCACAAAAUAAACGAUUAUGAUAAAAUACUAAUGAUUGGAAGAGGCAGGAGUUGCUAUUUUUAAUUUAAUAUUCAUUAAAAUGGCAACACUGCCAGCUUGCCCUCUUGGUGUAGCAUUCCAGACCUUAUUGCUAUGGCAACUUUACGUACUCCGAGCUGAGAAUCAAGCGCAGCCUGCUUUCCUGUUGUUGGAAAUGGAGGUGUCCAGAAAUUUCAUUUGGAUCUGAGGAUCAUGACAUUCCUCUAUCGAGAAACUUGGGGGCCCAUGCCAUAGCGAAAUAGUUUUUUUCCUGUAGCAGUUCGCCAGAUAGACUCGAAGGAGUUGAUCCUUGGAAUUGAACUACUGCAAUCGCCCAUAGCAGAGCGCAGAAAUUCAUAAGCACUCAAGACUGAAGAUGCAAGGGGAGACAAAAAGUGCCGGAAGUGGCAUCCACAGCGGGAAAGACACCGGUUUUAGUCGAAAAGCUGUUUACCUCCCGUACGGGAAGUUUUUGGUGGCACGUCACCAAUAUGGCUAACCCCUAAUCUCACCUGCUAUUUUCAAUUUAACACAGACUACCAUAUGUCAAUGCAUCAUGCAUGAAUACACAAAAAGAAUGGAUUUUGAAAAAUAUCAGAUAAUGGCUCCAGAAAUGGUGUUUGAAAAUUGAUUUAA